AUGGCAUCAAAGCAAAUAGAAAGUCACCGAGAAGGUGCGGAGAUCUACAAUGAACCGAGUGUUUGCAGGCAAAAAGUGGAAGAACUCCUGGACCAAUGCCACAUUCCCAAAGGGCUUAUGCCUUUGACCAACCUGGUGGAGCUUGGUCACAACAACAGCUCAGGCUUCAUCUGGCUGAAACAGGCCAAGGCCACCAAGUAUAAAUUCAAGGAGCUCGGUGCCACCUCGUACGGUCCCGAGAUCACGGCAUUCAUCAAAGAUAGGGAGUUGAAGAGCUUGACGGGUAUUAAAAGCAAGGAGAUGAUUAUUUGGGUUACACUUGCUCAUGUUACUGUGGAUGAUAGUGAAGAUCCUGGCAAAAUCACUUUCUCUACUACUAUGGGACUCUCCAAGACCUAUCCACUCACUGCAAUUGAAGAUGAUCCCAAGGAGAUGAAAUGA